AUGUCCUUACCCCACCAUGUCCUUACCCCACCACCCCACCAUGUUUACCCCACCAUGUCCUUACCCCACCAUGUCCCUACCCCACCAUGUCCUUACCCCACCAUGUCCCUACCCCACCAUGUCCUUACCCCACCAUGUCCCUACCCCACCAUGUCCUUACCCCACCAUGUCCCUACCCCACCAUGUCCCUACCCCACCAUGUCCUACCCCACCAUGUCCCUACCCCACCAUGUCCUUACCCCACCAUGUCCCUACCCCACCAUGUCCAUGUACCCCACCAUGUCCUUUACCCCACCAUGUCCCUUACCCCACCAUGUCUUUACCCCACCAUGUCCUACCCCACCAUGUCCUUACCAUGUCCCUACCCCACCAUGUCUUUACCCCACCAUGUCUUUACCCCACCAUGUCCCUACCCCACCAUGUCCUUACCCCACCAUGUCCCUACCCCACCAUGUCCUUACCCCACCAUGUCCCUACCCCACCAUGUCCCUACCCCACCAUGUCCCUACCCCACCAUGUGUCAUGUCCUACCCCACCAUGUCCCUACCCCACCAUGUCCCUACCCCACCAUGUCCCUACCCCACCAUGUCCUUACCCCACCAUGUCCCUACCCCACCAUGUCCUUACCCCACCAUGUCCCAGGCAAACAGAGCCCCCUCCUCCAGUGGAUGUGACUCAGAUAAUGUUCCUUCAGCAUUUUUCUGA